AUGAAUUUUAUUCAAGCGGCUGAGGGAGAGCCCCUUCGCGUCCUUGGACGAAAUCCAUUUGAGGAUAUUACAACUAAGAAACGCUUGAGGCAACUUCUUCAGACACAUCAGGGGCGUGACAAAGUUUUUAAAGUUGUUCAGUAUCUUAUGCGUAUACAGUUAUGGUGGGAUUCGGUCACUUUCCAGUCUAACUAUUUGCCCGGUGAGAAAUACACCUUGAAUGAGAAAAUACUCAUGACGAUAUUAAAUAGCCGAAGGCUUUUUCGUUUGGGGCGCUUUUUUGGCGAAUUUGAGCGAAUUCGUAUUACUCUAAUCAAGGCCUCAGAGAUAAUUUACAUUCCUUCCAGUGGAUCUAAGUUGUUACCACUUUUCAUACAGUGUCAGAUGGUGCUUGACCUGUUGGCUCGAUCUCUUAUGUUUGUAAAAUGUUUCUGCGAGGACAUGGCGUUUCUUGUGCAGAAGGGAUUUAUUAACUCCACUAUUGUUGGAAAUUUGAUAGCAAUUGCGACCAAGUGUGGCAUUGUAGUGUUGGCUAUUGACUUGUAUCUGAACACAUUGCGCCUCUCCCAAGGGCUAAUAGAUGCUUCGUCACAGGAAGAAGUUGUGGAUGACAUAAUCACUAAAGAGUCAUUUUCACUACUUUCGAAGUACGAUAGGGUGGACAAGCACCGACGUAAAGUUCUAUCAAUAUCUAAUGAAAAAGGAAAAAACAAUGCGGAUUCCAAGAAUGAUGCGCAAGGAAAAUCGAAAAAAAAUGAUGAGGAUAAUUAUGUAGUUUAUGUGGACUCCUAUGCAAAACUUCUGUGGAUCGAUUUCGAACUUCAUUGGAUAUUUGUUACCGAAGUGAAGUUAUUGCUCGACAUAUUUGUCGCUUUGUCUGGCAUUAACCGUUGGAACAAUCAAGGUCCUGUCAGCGUUGCUGGGCUUUUUUCUGGACUAUGCUCAGUCUAUCGUGUAUGGACAUAUGGUCGUUGA